AUGGCGAACGAAGAGUGCUCAUCUCAAGCUAGUAUCGCCGGAGAGAAGAAGCGUCUGCGACGACAAAAAGAGAGGAACAGAGAAAAUGACGAAGAAAACAAAGAGGACAACAAUGUUAUAAGCGAAUCACACGGCAAUAAUGAUGGAGAAAUUGACGCUGAAAUCAUCUCGACCUCUAGCCAGUCCCCCAUUGCCGGAAGCCUGAACGAGAUUGACCUUGGUUUGGCAGGAUGGACUACGACCAUGUUCAGCAACAACGUGGGCAGCGAUUCGUCGAUUCCAUUUCUACUUUCAAGUACAGUAAACAGUUCAGAUUUCUCAUCUGCGUCAAUCACAGGCUCUGGGGAGGGAGGGUUCAUCUUCAGCAACAGCGAAAGACUGGAUGGAAAUUUGACGGAUGUGAUGCCACCAGCUUGGGACAGCACGUCUCCAUCAUCGUCUUCGGAUGGAAGCUUUGCCGACAGCUAUCUCUUACCUGUUCACGAACUCACUCUAUUGCGGGCUGUAUUGCGAAUAUCAGAGCGCAUCGGCUGUGGCCAACAGGUUUGGAAUCUGGAGGCCGUGUCUCCGUUCUCCCAGGGAAUCGCCACACCAAGCGAGCAACUCCCCGCGGCAUGGAAGCCCACUGCCUCUCAGCUCCUGGUCUCCCAUCACCCGAUGCUGGAUUUCCUGCCGUGGCCGGAAGUUCGUGAUAGAGUGAUUCACAUAUUUUCGAUGCCCGAUGAGAUGCGGCCGCCCAAUGCGACCGGCCCGCUUGCCUUGGUCAACUUUGCGUAUGACUUUGAGGAUAAUUCGGAGGGGAUCCGUAUCUAUGGCGGUGAUCCGUAUGAUCCGAAUAGCUGGGAGGUGGGUCAGGUGUUGUUUGAACGAUGGUGGUUUAUAUUUGACCGAGAUGUCAUUGAGAAUAGCAACCGCUGGCGCCAACUGAGAGGAGCGCCGCCGCUGGCAUUGAAGGGGACGCCAUCUUGA